GUACAUGAAGGAGUUCCGGAAGUACUCGGAGCGGUACCCCUUCAGGCAGCGCUCGGAGACGCCCGAGAUUGCGGUAGAGCUGUCGCUGCAGUGCUGGAGGCGCUUCGGCAUGGACGGGGUGAUCUUCUUCUCCGACAUACUGACGCCGCUGCCGGCGAUGGGCAUCGAGUUCGACGUCGUGCGCGGGCGCGGGCCGCUGGUGCUCGGGGACCUGGCGAGGUGCCUGAAGGACCGCCUGUCGGGGCCGAGGAAGAUCCUGCGCGUGACGGACAGCGAGGACUACAUGGCCUCGCACGGCUUCGUCCGGGAGAUCUUGCAGACGCUGCGGAAAGAGACCGAGGGCAAGUGCGCUCUCCUCGGGUUCGUGGGAGCCCCCUGGACCCUCGCCGCGUACGCGGUCGAAGGCGGCAGCACAAAGGACGCGGCUAACUUCAAGAGGUGGAUGUACGAUCAGCCCGAAGUCGCGGACGAGUUCCUGGAGCGCUGCACGGACUCCAUAGCCAACUACGGGAUAUUCCAGGCGCGCAGCGGCGCGCAGUGCAUCCAGAUCUUCGACUCUUGGGCGCACUGCCUCGGCCCGGAGCAGUGGCAGCGCUUCGCCGCGCCCCACGUGAGGCGGGUGGCGCGGGAGAUCCGCGCGGCGUGUCCGGACGUGCCGAUCAUCUAUUUUGCCAACGGAGGGUCGUCCUACAUGCGCGACCAGGUCGAGGCGCUCCGCGGCGUCGUCGACGUGCUCGGCGUCGACGGCCGCGCGCGCCUCGGCGAGAUGCGCGAGGCCGUGGAGGGCUCCGGGAUGGUCUUGCAGGGCAACGUGGACUCGUUCGUGCUGCGGCACGGCAGCGAGGCGGGGCCCGCGGCCACCGCCUUCUGUGUUCUCUGGGCGUCCCUCGGACUUGUGCGUCUUGCGUUUCUCGGCGAGGGGCACCAUCGAGGAGCAUUUCUCUUCACCUUGCGAACGACUGCGCGCUCGAAACCGACGAAUAAUGCACAUGAAGUGGACGUGCGAGCGGUGGCGAGUUCCAAGAUGAGGACAAGGCGCCAGUUCCGCUGCCCUUUUCUCGUGUUGUUAGGAUGUUCCAACGCAUUUUAG